UUGUUUCUAGUGUAACUCUCCGUGUGAGACUUCCGGCGGAAGUAAACAACAAGGCGCUAGCAUCGUUAGCUUCCAGGUUUUCUUCUGUUUAUCGUCGGUUUUUGCUGUGUGAGCUGAAUAUUUCAGAGUCUGCAGUAACAACAUCUUCGGUUCAUCAUCUGAGAGAAUUGAUCAGAGAGCGACUAACUGCUGCUGCUGGAGAAAUAUUCAGAAACAUCGUUCAUUAGGAGGAAGAGAUCGAUCAUCAGCUCAGACUGCUGGAUAUCAGCUGGAAAACCCAGAUCAGAUCAGAACCUACAGGUAUGUUACCUGUACGGUGGCCUGAAUGAACUAACACUGGAACACAGAGAAUAUGAUCAGGGGACUAGUUGAUGCCGCGGAGGAAGCAGGACGUGUCCGUGUGUUGUUCACAGCUCGAUUGUUUGGAUGGGGUGGAUGAUCCUACAGGUCUUCUACAGCAUCAUGUCUGUUACUACAUGGGAGGUUGCUGCUGGUCAAUAUCUCAUAACCAAAGAGAGGAACUCUGUUCUUGAUCAAUUUAUAUCAGACAUUGGAGAAUUAAAAGAGGAACAGGAGGAACCACAACUACAGCAGAUGAUUGAGACAAAAGAGGAACCAGAACCUCAAUUAAAACUGGCUGAACUGUGCAUCUUUCAGGACGACGGGCAGCUUUUAGUGAAGCAGGAGGCAGACACCUCUAUGAUGACUCCUGAUUAUGAGAAAAUAUUCCAUAAUGGACCAGAAUGGCAGCAGAUGAUGGAGACAAAGGAGGAACCAGAACCUGUACAGGUUAAAGAGGAACCAAACGAAAUGGAACUAAAGCAGAUGAUUGGGACAAAAGAGGAACCAGAACCUUGGACAUUUAAAGAAGAACAAGUUCAACUCUGCAUCUUUCAGGAUGAAGAGCAACUUUUAGUGAAGCAGGAGACUGAUUCCUUUAUUCUGACUCCUACUGAUCAAAACGACUCCAGUGAACCAGAAACUAUCAAGAAUCAUCUGCUCUGUUCAACCCCUCCUAAAGCAGAAAAUAAAGAUCAAGGAAGCAAUCAUCAAGACUCAAGAUCAAAUAAAGAGGAAGAGCUGAAGCCAGAGAAAAGAUGCAAAAAACCCAGGAAUCAAGGUGACAAUGUGGACAACUCAAAGCUAAUAAGUUAUAAAAAGAAGUUACCUUUCUGUAAAGAAUGUGGCAAAUGUUUUACUACUCAAAAAAUGUUAACAGUGCACAUGAGAACUCAUACCGGUGAGAAGCCUUUCUCCUGUCAUACCUGUGGGAAAGGUUUCGCUGGGAAAACCGCCCUAACUGAACACAUGAGAACUCACACAGGUGAGAAGCCGUAUCCUUGUGAGUUGUGUGGAAAACUGUUUCGACAUCGUAGUACUUAUAUUGGGCACAUGAGAACUCACACAGGUGAGAAGCCGUUUUUAUGCCUGACUUGUGGAAAAUGUUUUCCUUGGAAAUCUACCCUGGCUGCACACGUGAGAGUUCACACUGGUGAGGCGGCUUUCUCAUGUCUGACCUGUGGAAAAGGUUUCACUAGGAAACAUACCCUGACUGCACACAUGAGAACUCACACAGGUGAGAAGCCGUUUCCUUGUGAGUUGUGUGAUAAAUCUUAUCGAGACCGUAAUAAUUUGAUUUGUCACAUGAGAACUCACACAGGUGAGAAGCCUUUUGCUUGCAAAAUGUGUGGUAAGUCUUUCAUUCAAAGUAGUAAUUUGAUUUGUCACAUGAGAACUCACACAGGAGAGAAGCCCUUUGCUUGCAAAAUGUGUGGUAAGUCUUUCAUUAAAAGUAGUAAUUUGAUUUGUCACAUGAAAACUCACAUGGGUAAGAAGGCUUUCUCAUGUCUGACCUGCGGAAAAGGUUUCACUAUGAAACAUGCCCUGAGUGCACACUUGAGAACUCACACAGGUGAAAAGCCUUUCUCAUGUCUGACCUGUGGAAAAGCUUUCUGUAAGGAAUCUGCUCUGGCUGCACACAUGAAAACUCACACAGGUGAGAAACCGUUCUCAUGUUUGACCUGUGGAAAAACUUUCUCUGGGAAACCCACACUAACUGAACACAUGAGAACUCACACAGGUGAGAAGCCGUAUCCUUGUGAGUUGUGUAAAAAGUUUUUUCGCCAUCGUAGUACUUAUAUUGGGCACAUGAGAACUCACACAGGUGAGAAGCCUUUCUCAUGUUUGACUUGUGGAAAAUGUUUUUCUUGGAAAUCUACCCUGGCUGCACACAUGAGAACUCACACAGGUGAGAAGCCUUUCUCAUGUCUGACCUGUGGAAAAGGUUUCUGUAAGAAACCUGCCCUGACUUCACACAUGAUAUCUCACACAAGUGAGAAACAGUAUUGUUGUAAAUGUUAUCGUAAAUCUUACAUUAACAGUAGAGAUUUGACUCAUCACAUAGUAACUCAUACAGGUGAGAAGCCUUUCACAUGUGUGACCUGUGGAAAAGGUUUCACUAGGAAAGCUGCCUUGACUGCACACAUGAGAACUCACACAGAUGAGACUAUGCACAUCAGAACUCAUUCAGAGAAAAAGCCACAUUCUUGUUAACUGUGUGGUAAAUUAUUCACAGCCAGAUAUAAACUGACUGCCCAUGUGUUGUAAUAAUCCUUAGCAUAUGCUACAAACUUUAACAGAAAAACCUGUCUUUGUUUGAUGAACAGAGGGAAUGAGACCCAUAACUAUGGAUUUAAUUUAUGUAGCAAUAUUUCCUUCAUUCAAAACGCUAUAAAAAACAUAUUUUUUUAAGCAAUCCCCCACGUCUGGGGUUAUUAAAAACUAAAGAACCUCCCCUUUUCAUCAAGGCAUAGCUCGUCUUUCUAGCAUCUUCUCUGGUGAUGUAAUUUGCAUGCGUAUAAGAUGUGCUCUGGCUGCGUAUAUUUACAAGCCCCUGGAGCUAGCUUGCACUCUGCUCUGUUAGCUCCCAGUGUUGUGUUAAUUGUAGGAAUCAAUCAUUUGUAAUGGCACAAAAGAGUAAAAUUACAGGUUUGGAAGUUUUGGACGACAUUUGGCGGACCAGUGACAUCAAAGUGAAAUAUUCUUCGGACAGCUGCGUUGAUUAGGAUAAGGAAAACCAGUCCAUAUCUUAUUCUAUUUGCUUUAUUGUAGAUGUUGUAUUUCAUUGAUUAUUUUGUCUUUAUUUCCUCAUUUUAUGGAACUGUAGAGCACAUUGGUGUGCAAAGUGCUUCAUAAAUAAAGUUCAAGUCUUUUGGCUUAUUUCCUCGUUACAUUAUUUUUCCUUUAUUCUUUUCAGCUAUAGCUACACUCAUAUCAGUUUAGUUCACAUUUUGUCUUUCAACCUCUGCAGCACUGGAAAUUUAUUGCUCCUGUAAUUUGAUCUUUCCAACUUUUCCAGCUUGUCUGAACCAAACCAAUGUGAAUGAUGAGAAAUGCGGUUGUUAUAGGUGGGGUGAUGGAAGAAUUUGGUUCUUGCCUAAAUCUCAUUCAGUCUAAUGGGUUGAAAUAUUUGCUUUCCUUAAUAUUAUGACUGUAAAGUUGUGGGUUAUCUUAUGUCUUUAUUUUUAUUAUGCUUCGGAACUUUGUGUAGAAUAGGUUUCUCUGUUUCCACUCUGAGGGUUUUUUACAAGAGUUGGUUCUGCAGCUGCAGAGAAGAAAGAUACAAAAGUUCUGUUCUCACACAAAUGUACUGAGAAGUUGGUUCUCACACUGUCUGGUAAAUAUUUUGCAUCUUUCUUUGUCCUGCAGUAUAACAGAUGUGUGCCAUCUUUGUAAGAGUAACAUUCUGACUCUGGUGGAAACUGUCCUCUCAUAUCUUGUACAAUAAAUUAUUAAUAAACCUCA